GGAAGCGCUAGGACCUGGGACCAUCCAGUGAAAUGAAAGUAGAAUGAGAAACCCCCGCUGACAGCCAUCGUCGCAGCUUUCCCGUCGCUGUGCACCUUAAGCUUUGAAACAAAGGCGCACUUGAAUCUUUCAAUUGCAUACCAUUCAGGCGCCGCGCUUACAUCAGCGCCAAAUUCCACUAGUUCAGUGCUCGCCAAGUAACCAGUUCGGCUCGCUGGCCAUUUUGAAGACAGCCAUCACUUACCUCAGUGAACACAUGCUUUAAUCAACUGAUGGUGCUCGGAGCACCUCGGAGCGGGCGCGGCAGUGCAAAUUCGUUGCGAGGUCCACUCGCUUUGUUGUGCCUUAUCCUGCUUGUUGAAUUGAACGAUUGCCAUGCCGCAGUCGGCGCGGAUGCACGGCCGGCGGACAAAUCAACUCGGCGGGGCUGGGGCAGUCGUACCCUGCAGCGGCGGCGAAGGGUGCAGCAGGCGUCUGCGUCGGGCGACCCGCCCACCCCCACCAGCAGCGCCCCCACCACCCCCACCCCCUCCGUCGCCACCUCCGCUGCGCCCGACCUGUACUCGCACCUGGCCGCCUCCUUCCCUGGCCGGGCGCUGUGGGAGCGCAUCCUGGCCCCCGGGCUGGCGCCGCUGGCGCCUCAGCUGGCGGACCCGACCUUCCGCGGCACACUGCUGUGGCCCAAGUACUCGGUGUUCAACACGGACCGCACCUGGCGGGCGCUGUUAACCGCCGACGGCUCGCAGCCCGUCAACGACACCGCCCUGGCGGUUGUACGGCGGUUGCUGUCCAACCACCUGCUGCCGGGGGUGCUGCUGCUGCCGCCCGACAGUAGCAGUGGCGGUGGCGGGGGGCAGGAGGCGGGGGAGGUGGCGUCGGGUAGCGUUGUGGCGACUGCGGCAGACGGCGGCAGCGGCAGUGGCGAGGCGGCGGCGGCGGUGGUGCGGGUGACAUGGAGGGACGCGGGGAACUCGUCCGCCGCUGCUGGUGCUGGUGCUGGUGCUGGUGCUGGUACUGGUGCUGGUGUGGCGCCGCUGGAGGUCACUGUGGUCGCCGCCAGUGCCGGUGCAGGUGCCGGUGCCGCUGGUAUUGCCGAUGCCGCUGACACGGGAGCCCCCACCUCGCGGGGGGUUGGGGCGCAGUGGCCGGUGCUGGUGGGCCAGGCUGUGGUGUGGGUGGUGGACGGGCUGCUGCUGCCCCUCGGUGUGGCCGAGCUGCCCACCACCAACACCAGCAGCUCCGCCACCAACCUGUACGACUACUUCUCGGGGGCACUGGACCCGGCGCUGUGGGGCAUCAUGCGCGGGGCCAUGACGGCGGCGGACGUGGCGGCGCUGCAGGACCCCACGGCCGCCACCACCGCCUUCGUGCCCAGCGCCCAGGCUGUGAUGUCCAACCCGGCGCUGCUGCCGCUGGUGCUGCAGCCCGCAGCCAACGGCCCCGCCAUCAGGAGGCUGUGGCUGCGGCACCUGGUGCUGGGCUCCGGCCUCAGCGCCUACGCCCAGCUGGCCGACGGGCUGGUGCUGCACAGCUGGGCGGGCGAGGCGCUGACCGUGCGGCACAACGCCACGGUGCCGCUGCCGCUGGUCAAUGGCUUCGGAGUCCACACACCCGUGCGGGUGGGCAAGUCGGGCGUGUGGACGCUGGACGGCGUCAUCAUGCCGCCGCCGCCGCCGCCGUCGCCACCCGCGCCGCCGCGCCCGCCGCCCAGCCUGCCCGGCCCGCCCCGGCCGCCGCGGGCCCCGCCCUCGCCGCCGCGGCCGCCACCGGCGCCGCGUCCCCCGCCGCCGGCGCCGCCGCUUCCACCCCUGGUGCCGGCCCCACCCCCCUCGCCCUCGCCCGCACCCGCCACGCCCCUGCCACCGGCGGCACCCACACGUCCACCCUCUCCUCCGGCAGCGGCAGCCGGCGGCCCCCAGGAGCAGCCGACUGGGGCCGCGGGUGUGCCAUCCCCUCCACCUCCCUCGCCACCACCUCCCUCGCCCCCACCUCCCCCUCCCUUACCUCCCCCUCCUCCACCUCCUCCACCUCCCUCUCCGCCCUCCCCGCCCUCCCCGCCCGCGCCUCCCGUUCCCCCUCCUGCCCCUCCCCCCGCCGCCCCCGCCUCCUCCACCCCCCGGCGCAACCUCACAUUCGGCUCCACCGGCAAACACUUCCGAGACAUGUACCAGCUGGUGGCGGGCGUGCCGGAGCUGUCGGGUGUGGCGCUGAUGGAGGCCGCCAUCGCCGCCGCCUCGGGCGCCUCGCUCAUCGGCGUCAUCCCGCCCCAGAUCCAGUUCACUCUGUUCGCGCCGCAGGCCUCGGCUGUGGCGGCCCGCGCGACCCGCCUGGCGCUGGCCCCCCUGGACGUGGCGCUGGACAUGGUGGCGCUGGUGCUGGUGGACCGCGCCCUGCCCAGCAGCGACUUCGCGGAGGGGCUGCGGCUGCGCACCGGCACCAACAGCCCCGAGCUGGCGCUCACCUUCGACUGCGUAAUGCACGUGGACGCAGCCACAGGCGCCGUCACGGUGCAGGGCCCCUACAACGCCAUUGAGGUCCUGGGUGCGGACGUGUUUGUGGCCGACCCCUCGGACGCCGAGGAGCCGGGCGGCUGGGGCCCGCCAUUCGGGGUGGUGCACCUGGUGUCCGGCUUCCUGCUGCGCGAGCCGCCGCCGCCGCCGCCGCCGUCGCGGUCGCCGUCGCCACCGCCGCCGCCGCUGUUGGUGUCACCGCCGCCGCCCGCCCAGCAACCUUAUGACCCGGACUGUGCGGGAGAAGGCGGCCUGGCCAGCGACCGCGACCCGCCUGUGGUGGGCAUGGCCGCGGACUGUGGUGUAGUGGGCGAUGUGAGCGCCAUGACGCAGAACGGCGUGUGCAGCGACGGAGGCGGCAAGUGCCCCUGGUACGCGGCGGAGGACCGGGUGGGCGACAAGCCGCCACUGGACGUCACCUUCCGACUGGUGCUGCAGCUGCCGGACGGCAGCCGCUCCUCCGGCCGCAACGCACUGGCGCUGCCCUGCCGCCGCCGCCCCGCCGCCUCCGACCCCGCCGGCCUGGCCAGCCGCUACUACCAGCCGCAGCUGUACCUGCAGCUGGAGCCGCCGCUGCAGCUGCGGCCGGGGCAGGCGCUGGUGCUGCAGGCGCGCGACGCCGCCUGCGCCGACCCGGGCCGCUGGGGCGACGCGCUGGUGCUGGCGCCGGCCGGGUGGCGCAGCUUCCUGUGGCUGGAGGGCGGCGUGCCGCGGCCGGCCUGCCCGGAGAGGGCUCCCCCGGUCCCCCCAGCGCCGGCGCCGCCGGUUGCGCCGCCGCUGGCGCCCCUGCCUCCGCCGCCGCCGCCGCCCGAGCCGCCCGCGCCACCAGUGGUGCGCAGCCUGCACCUGCCGCUGCCGCCCGUGACCCACCACUGCCGCAUCGUAGUCACCCGCCAUGCAGCCGGUGGCGCUACUGCCGCUGCCGCUGCCACUGCUACUGCCACUGCUGCUUCCAUCGAUUGCUGGACGGCAGGCGGCAGUAGCAGUAGCAGUAGCAGUAGCAGUAGCAGUAGCAGCAGCAGUAGCAGUAGUAGCAGCAGCAGCAGCAGCAGUAGCAGCAGCGCGGCGCCGCUACAGCUGCAGCUGCAGCUGGGCCGCUCGCUGGCCGCCGCGCUGCAGUCAUCGCCGUCGGCUCCCGACUCGGGCUCCGUGCGAGGAGCCCAGGUGGUGGCCUGGUCCCGACACCAGCAGCAGCAGCCCCCGGCAGUAGCAGCAACAACAGCUGCAGUAGCAGCGGCGGCGGCGGCAGUAGGCGGCGGUGACGCUAGCGCAGCCGCUAGUGACGACGGGGGGCAGUCAGCAGAGGAUGUGCAGGCGCAGGCGGGGCAGGAGGAGGACGAGGACUGGGGCCUGACCAUGACGAUGACGGGCAGUGCGGGCAGUGGUGCGGGCGAUGGUGCGGGCGUGCCCUACCCCUACCCCUACCUGCACCUGCGCCUGGUGGACUGCGUGUGGCGGGGCCUGCCGCUCAGCCGCACCGGGCCGCUGAUGCACCUGCGCAUGACGGGCGGGGCUGCUGCAGGGGCCGCUGGGGCCGCCGCCGCCUCCGGCCCCACCCCCGCUGCCUUCCUCACCCUGGAGAACGUCACGCUGUCCGACCUGACAGGCAGCAGUAGCAGUGGCAGUGGCAGCAGCAGCAGCAGCAGCGGUGGCAGCAGUAGCAGUGGCACCAGCACCGGCUCCGCCUCCUCCUCCUCCUCCUCCUCCUCCUCGCCGGCUGCGGCUGCGGCUGCGGCAGCAGCUGCCGCCGCCGGCUCUGGCGCCGGCUCCCCAACCUCCACCUCCACCUCGACCUCGACACCGGCCGAGGCGGAGGCCGAGGCGGAGGCCGAGGCGGAGGCGGAGGCGGAGGCGGAGGCCGGGUCCGCCGCCGCCGCCGCCGCCAGCUCACUGCUGGUUCCGCCGGUGCCCACGCUGUUGCUGGUGGGGUCAGUGGUGGAGGGCAAUGAGGUGGUGGCGGCGUCUGCUGGGGGCGGCGGCAGCGGCGGCGGCGGCGGCGGCCUGCAGUGCGGCGGGUCUGGUGGCGGCGGCGGACUGAUGGACACUGCGGCGGCGGCGGAUGGGCUGCUGGGCUUUGGGGCGGUGGUCGUGACAGCAGGCGGUGGCAGCAGCAGUGCUGGUGAUGACGGUGGUGGUGGCGGUGUGGCGGUGUGGGUGGAGGACAGCGUGCUGCGGGGCAAUGUGGGCGGCUGCGGCGCGGCACUUGCGGUGCUGCUGCUGGUCCAGGCGCAGGCGGCGGCGGCGGCGGCGGGCGGCGCCUCCGCGGCUGCGGCUGUGGUGCUGUCGGGCGUCACGGCGGAGGCCAACAGCGCGGCGCACGCGGGCGGGGUGCUCUACAUGCAGCAGAUCAUUGAGAGGCCAGUGGCGGUGGCGGACGCGUCUGCUGCUGCCGGCGGCAGUGGUGCUACAGCCGCCGACGACGCCGACGCCGCCGCUGCCCUGGCGGCGCCGCUGCAGCUGCAGCUGCAGGUGGUGGGUCGCAGCCGCCUGCUGCGCAACGCCGCUGGCGCCCGCGGCGGCGCGGUGUGCGCGGACGGCGGCGGUGGCGCCGCUGUCAACAUCAGUCUGGCUGGCGGCAGUGUGCUGGAGGACAACACGGCGGGCGAGGCGGGCGGCGGGCUGUGGGCGGCGCGGCUGGCGGGCCUCAGCCUGGCGGGCGGCAGCUUCCUCAGGCGCAAUGCCGCAGUGGCAGGGUCGGGCGGCGGACUGUUUGUGGAGGGCGGUGCGGAGUGGGUGUCGGUGGUGGACGGCUCGGGUGUGGUGGGCAACACGGCGGCGGCGGCGGGCGGCGGGCUGCGGGUGGGCGGGGACCUGAUAGCGCUGACGCUGGCGCGCGGCGGGCGCAUGGCGGGCAACGUGGCGGGCGGCGCGGGCGGCGGGCUGGCGUGCGGCGGCGAGCUGAAGAACGUGGCGGUGCGGGACGGCGCUGCGGCGGAGGGGAACCGGGCGCGGCUGGGCGGCUGGCUGCAUGUGGCUGCCAAGGUGGGCGGGCUGCUGGUCAGCGGCGGCGGCGCCGUGGUGAGCGGCAACAGCGCCGCCACCUCGGGCGGAGCGGUGUGGAGCGGCAGCGCCGCAAGCACGGUGUGGGUCACAGGCGGCGGCGAGGUGGUGGGCAACACUGCGGGCGACACGGGCGGCGCGCUGCACCUCACGGGCGGCGUGGGCACACUCACGCUGUCCAACCGCUCCGUGGUGGCGCGCAACAGCGCCGGGGGCAGCGGCGGCUUCCUGUACGCGGACUUCUCGGUCCUGGCGCUGGUGGUCAGCGGCAACGCUUCCCUCUCCAACAACACCGCGGCAACCGGAGACGGCGGCGCGGUGCAUGCGCUGCAGGUGCGGCGGCUGGCGCUGCAGGAGGGCGCGGUGGUGUCGGGCAAUGUGGCGGGGCGCUACGGCGGCGCCUUCUACGUCUUCGAGCUGCUGGAGACGCUGGCGGCGGCGGGCGGCGCGACGCUGAGCGGCAACAGGGCUAUGUACGGAGGGGCGGUGUAUGCGGGUCUGCUGGUGCGCAACAUCUCGCUGACGGAGGGCGCCACCGCCAGCGGCAACACCGCAGCGUACGACGGAGGAGCCUUCAACGUGCAGGGCGACCUGCAGAGCCUGGCGCUGGGCGGCGGCGCCUCAUCACUGCGCGGCAACACGGCGGCGGCGGGCGACGGCGGCGGCGUGUACGUGCAGCGGCGGCUGGAGGCGCUGGCGGUGGGAGAGGGGGCGGCGAUGGAGGGCAACAGCGCCGGGGUGAACGGCGGGGCGGUGGCGGUGGCGGGGGAUGUGCGCGAGCUGGCCCUCACCGGCGGCGCCCGCCUCGCCCGCAACACCGCACGAGCCGGCGACGGCGGCGCCAUCCGCAUCGGCGGCGACCUGGGCGCCGCGCUGGUGUCGGGCGGCGGCACAGCGGUGGAGCACAACACCGCGGGCGGCGGCAGCCGCGGCUCUGGCGGCGGCGGCGGCUCCGGCGGCGCGAUCUGGGUCGGCGGCGGCGUGGGCUGGGUGCGGGUGGCGGCGGGGGCGGCGCUGCUCAGCAACAGUGCGGCGGCGGAGGGCGGGGCGCUGUACGUGGGCGGGGCGGAGCUGGGCAGCCUGGAGCUGGUGGGUGGGGCGGCGGCGGCGGCCAAUGCGGCGGGCAGUGCGGGCGGCGUGGUGUUUGCGGCCGGCGCCGUCGCCAACCUGACCGUGGCGGGCAACUGCUCCCUCAGCCGCAACAGCGCCGGGGCCCGAGGCGGCGUGCUGGCGGUGGCGGGCGGCGGCGGCGUGCGGUGGGGGCGGCUGGCGGACAGCAGCUUCGUGGGCAACCGCGGCGGCGAGGGCGGCGUGCUGCACCUGGCGGCGGCGGUGGGGUUCAGCGCCUGGGGCAGCCUGGAUCUGACGGGGUGUGUGCUCACAGGUAACAGGGCCACCAGCGGCAGCGGCGGAGUGCUGGCGGUGCCCGGUGGCGGUGCUAGCGGCGGCGGCAGUGCCGCUACUGCCACUACUGCCACUACUGCCGCUACUGCCGCUACUGCCACGGCGGCAGCGGGUGGCGCUGUGCCCGCGCAGCAGCCCAGCACCGGCAGUGGCGGCGGUAGCCCCACGCCACAGCCGCCACAGCUGCCACCUUCCACCUCCACUUCUUCUCCUUCUUCAUCUUCCUCCUCCGCUCCUUCUUCGCGGCUGGUGUUCCGCGGCUGUGUGCUGUCCGGCAACAGCGCGCGGGUGCAUGGCGGCGUGGCGGCCCUGGCGCGGCUGCCGGACCUGCUGACACUGGAGGGCGUGGAGGCGGCGGGCAACACCGCACUCAGCGGCUCGGGAGGAGUGCUGUACGUGUCGCCGGAGUCCAAUGUGCUGCUGCUUUCCUCCGCCACCACACCCGGUGACGAAGAGCAAGACCCACAAGACGCCGGCGCAGCAGAAGCAGCGGCGGCAGCAGCAGGCGGCAGCGGCAGCAGCAGCAGCAGCAGCAGCAGCAGCAGCAGCAGCAGCAGCAGCAGCAGCAGCAGCAGCAGCAGCAGCAGCAGCACGGCGGCACCGGCAGCGUGCGGCGGCGCCGCCGCCUCUGUGUCCCUGCUGCUACUGCGUGACGCCCGCCUGUACGGCAACCGAGCCAACAUGGACGGCGGCGCCAUCUACAUCCGCACCGCUGUUGCCACUACUGCCGCCGACACUACUGCCGCCGCCUGCAGCCGGUCAGAGGUGGACGUGCAGGCCACCGCCUUCACCGGCAACUCGGCUGGCGGCGGCGGCGGAGUGCUCUUCAUCAUCAACGCCCAGUCCGCCCCCGCAUCCAGCGGCAGUAGCAGCGGCAGUAGCAGCGGCAGUAGCACGCUCGCGCCCGGCAGCCUGUCGGUGCGCGUGCGGGGCGGCUCGCUGUUUGAGUCCAACACUGCGGGACUGAGGCAGCAGCAGCAGCAGCAGCAGCAGCCGGGUGGCGGCGGCGCGGCGGGCCGCUACGCCACCGCCACCGCCUACGCGGCCUUUGAGGCGGCGGCGCAGUCGGCGGUCAGCGGCUUCCGCGGCUACGGCGGCGCGCUGUUCGUCUGGCAGCAGCGCCCCGACCGCCUGCUGGCAGGCAGUAGCAGCACUAGCAGUAGCAGUAGCAGCAGCGGGGAUGGCAGUAGCAGUAGUGCGGGACAGCAGCAGCAGCAGCAGCAGCCGCAGGAGUGUGUGCUGGUAGUGGAGGACGCCACAUUCCGCGGCAACGCCGGCGGCGGCGGCAGUGGUGGCGACGUGGCGGCGUUCCUGUGCGCGGUGCGGGCGGCGCGCUGCCGCUUCGAGGGCGGCGGCGCGGCGGGCGGCGAGGGCGGCGCGCUGGCGGUGUGGGGCAGCCUGCGGGCGGAGGCGGCGUCAGCAGCAGGGAGCACCGCCAACGCCUCCUCAGACACGGCUGAUGGGGCGGUGGAGGCGGCCCGGCGCCGCCACCUGCAGGGCAGCGCCCCGGCAUGUGUGCCCCUGGGGCAGCAGCAGGUCCCUGCCGCCGCUGCUCUGCCCGCUGCUGCCGCCACCGCUGCCCCGCCGCUGCCCCCGCCGUUGCUGCUCGACCUGUCGGACUGCGCCUUUGUCAACACCUCGGCGGGCGGCGGCGGCGGUGCGGUGAUGGCGCGCGCGGCCGGCGCCGUCGUGCGGCUGACCCGCACCAACUUCACCGGCAGCCGCAGCAGUGGCGGCGACGGCGGCGCACUACUGCUGGAGCUGCUGGGCAGUGGCAGUAGCAGCAGUGGCAGCAGCAGCAGCAGCAGCAGUAGCAGCAAUGGCGGCGGCUGGGCUGCGCUGACCAACUGCUCAUUCGCCUCCUGCGCGGCUGCUGCGGGCUCGGGCGGCGGCGCCUGGGUGGCACUGGCGGCGGGCGCGCGGGCGGACGUGGCCGGCUGCGCCUUCACCGGCAACAGCGCCGCGCAGGACGGCGGCGGCCUCGCCUACCUGCAACUGCCGCCGCCGCCGCCCCCUACUGAUGGAGGGGAGGCUGGGCUGCGUGGGGGUGGGCUGAGCGUGGGGCCCCUGGGUGCGGCGGCGGUGGACGCGGCGUCUUUCACCGGCAACACGGCCCGGGCCGGCGCGGGCGUGUCGGCGCAGGGCUGUGCGGCGCUGCGGCUGCAGGCGACGGCGCUGGUGGCGGGCCGCGCCGCCACCCUGGGCGGCGGCGCGGCGGUGCUGGGGUGCGGCGCGGCGGUGGUGGAGGGCUGCGAGGUGCGCGGCAAUGAGGCGCUGGUGGGCGCGGGGCUGUAUCUGGCGGCGGCAGGCGCUGGGGACGGCAGUAGCAGCGGCAGCGGCAGUAGCAGCGGCAGUAGCAAUAAUGGCAGCAGGCGGCUGCAGCAGGCAGGCGGUCCGGCUACUGCUGCUGCCGCCGCCCCCGCUGUGGCGUUGCUGCUGCGCACCGCCCUGGACGCCAACAGCGCAGUGCCCAGCCGCACACAGCUGGCGCAGCUCGACUACGGAGCCCUGGCUGCAGCAGAGUCGGGCGGCAGUAGCAGCAGCAGCGGCAGUAGCGGCAGUAGCGGCAGUAGCAGCACGGGCACGGCAGGGGCUGCUGGGGGGAUGCUGGGGUCCGCUGCCGCCAACACGGUGGGACGCGGUGGUGCGCUGUUUGUGGGCGACGGCGUGGCGCUGGCGGUGGUGGGGUGCGGCUUUGGCGGCGCCAACCGCGGCCUGUCGGGCGCAGCGCUGGCGUCCGCACAGAGCUGCCCCGCCCGCCAAUCCUGGAGGGGCGGCGGUGCUGCUGGCGGUGCUGCUGCUGGCGGUGGUGAGGCUGCUGGCGGCGAGGCUGCUGUUAGCACUGCUGUCGGCGCCGCGGACUGGCUGGUUCAGUCGAUGGCAGCGAGCAGUGCGCUGCUGCUGCUGCUGCUGGCUCCCGCGGUGGGGGGCUCCAGUGGUGGGGCCGGCGGCGGCGGUGGGGCUCCUGGCGCCUGGGGCGACAAGGCCACUGCCACGGCGGCACUGCUUGCGGCGCUGGGUGACGGCCUGGCGGGCAGCUCUUCUUCCUCCGCCCCCGCCCCCGCCCCCGCCCCCGGCUCCGGCUCCUCCUGCGCGGCGCUGCUGGUGCGGGACUCGGCCCUGCCCCUGAGCGCGGAGGACGGCCAGGCCUCCGCGGCGCCGCUGUGGCUGCUGGACCCCGCCAUGUCGGCGGUGCUGGCCGCCUGCGACCUACCCGCCCACACCGCCGCCACUGGUGACACCACCACCUCCAGUUCCACUGCUGGCACCUCCAGUGCUUCUGCCUCUGUCCCGGCAUCCUCGCAGGUGGUGUCCCCGCAGGCGGCCCAGGCCCAGGCCCAGGCCCAGGCUCAGGCCCAGGCUCAGGUCCAGGCGCGGGCGCUGGGCUCCCAGGGUGCCGCCGACGUGGUGGCGGCGCUGCUGCAGUGCGCCCGCCGCACGCCGCAGCAGGCCGCCGCAGAUGACCCCGCGCCAAGUGCCGGAGGCGACGGCAGCGGCGGUGCGGCAGGCGCUUUCCUGGAGCUGCCGCCGAUGCGGCUGCGGCUGCGGGCGCCCUGUGAGCUGGUGGUGGGCGGCGGCGCGGCGGCUGCGGCGGCGGCGGCGGCGGCGGCGGCGGCGGCGGCGGCGGGUCAGCAGGCUGCUGGGCAGUGCGAUGCGGCGGCUGGGCUGAGUGUGCCUGUGGAGGCGGCCUUCUCGCUGGCGGUGCAACUGGUGGACGUCAACGGCAGGGACGUCACCUCGGCCGCCUACCCCUACACCGCCAGCCUGGCUGUGCGCGCGCUGCCGCCCGGCGGCUCCGCCCACAACACCAGCCUAGCAGACCUUGAUACGCUAUGCAGCAGCAGCACCGGCGCAGCCGCCGCAGCCGCCACAGCCGCCGGGCAGCAGCCGCCGCCGCCACCCGCCUGGUGCGACCCGCAGUUUGUGGCCGUGGAUUCCGCUGGCGGUGGCGGCGGCGGCGGCGGCGGCUCGGGGGCGGGCGGCGCGCUGACGUUGACGCUGGCUCGCGGUGGCGGCGUCUGGAGCCGGCUGGUGCUGCGGGGCUGGCCGGGGGAGUACGGGCUGUUCGUCAACGUGUCCGGGCGGGAGUGGCGGGUGCGGGAGCUGGCGCUGCCGCUGUCGCUGCAGGCGUGCCGGCUGGGGCAGACGCUGGACGCGCGUGCGGCGGUGGUGGGCGGCGUGGCCACCUGGACCUCCUGCCGCGCCUGCGACUCGGGGCAGGUGGGCCUGCUGCGAGACCUGCGCCCGCCCUACGCCGCCUACUACCGCGGCAGCGGCGGCGGCAGUGGUGGCAGCGGCAGCAGUGGCGGCGGGGGCGGCGGCGGCAGCGGCAGUGGCGGCGGUAGUAGUGGCGGCAGUGGCGUGCUGUCGGGGGAGGUAGCCGACGGCGGCGGCGAGGGCGGCGGCGCCAGCGGCGGCAACCUGACGGCGGCGGCGGUGCGGGCGGUGGCGGCGGCGGGCUCCUCCUCAUUCUGCAUGAACUGCCCCGUCAACGCGUUCUGUCCCGGCGGUGCGGUGGUGGUGCCUGCGCCCGGCUUCUGGCACUCCGCCGCCAACAGCUCCCGCAUACACCGCUGCCCCAACCCCGCCGCCUGCAGCGGCAACAGCGCCUCCCCCUCCUCCUCCUCUUCCAGCUCCGCCUCUGCCUCCUCCUCCGCUGACCUGGCCUACACCGACAGCCGCACCCGCGCCCUGGUCAGCUGCCAGCGCGACUGGUACGCCAGCGCAGUGCCCGGGGCAGCCCUGCUGGCGCGAUGGCGCGCCACCGGCGGCAGUAGCAGCAGCGCCGGUGGCAGUAGCAGUGGCAGUGGCGGCAGUAGCAACAGCAGCGGCAACGCGACCGGGCAGGACGACACGGGGCCGUGCCUCCUGUGGAUGGACGGUGACGUGGCAGCCAUCACCGGCAGUAGCAUCACCGGCAGUAGCAUCACCAGCAAUAGCAUCACCGGCAGUAGCAGUAGCAGCAGCAGUAGCAGCAGCAGCAGCAGUAGCAGCAGCAGCUACAGCCUGUACGGCGACAUGCUGUGCGCCCCGGGCUACACGGGCAACCUGUGCGCCGCCUGCCGGCCGGGCUACGUCAUCAACGCCGACUUCGACUGCAGCAGCUGCCCGCGCCUGGACCGCACCAUAGGGCUGGGCGUGCUGGCCUUCGCCGUGAACCUGCUUCUCAUCCUGUACACGGUGUUUGCCAACAUGGACAUUGGCGAGGACCCGGACGAGGCAAGCAUCGGAGACAUACUCAAGGUGAUCAUCAUCCACGCGCAGCACUUUGUGAUCCUGACGCGCCUCAACAUCGCCUACCCCGCCGCCAUCGGCGUGAUCAAGGGCACGCUCAGCACGCUGACCGGCGCAGAAGCCUACCUGGCCUUCAACUACGGAUGCGUGGUGGCGGGCCGCAGCAGCGCAGCGCGGGCGCAGGCCCAGCUGCUGGGCAACCUGGUCAGUCCGGUGGCUGUGGCCGCCGUGAGCCUGGUGCUGUGGGCGCUGCGCUACAAGUUCCUGCACCGCGCGCUGCUGCGCAAGGCGCCCGCCAUGCCGCGCUCCCACCUGCACAGCAGCAGUCGCCGCCGCAUGCUGGACGGCCUGGUGGCGGCGGCGGCGGCACUGGAGGAGCAGGAGGGGGAGGAGGACCUGGGGGAGGGAGAGGGGGCGGAGCGGGAAGGGGAGGAGGGCCAAGAGGAGUGGGAGGAGGAGCGUGGCGCCAGCCGCCAGUCUGGUGACGUGGAGACGGCGACGGCGGCGGCGGCCCUGGAAUACGACCACUGCAAUGCUGGUGCUGGUGGUGGAGGUGGAGGUGGAGGUGGAGGUGGAGGUGGAGGUGGUGGUGGGGGCGCGGCAGGUGUCGCUCUCACAGCAGCGGCGGCUGCGGGCGGCAGCGGCGCGGGUCCUGACAGCGCUGUGCUGCCAGUCGACGACGUUGGGGAGCAGGAGGAGCCGUGGCAGGAGCAGGUGGCGGCGGGGGAGGGGGCGCCUGUGCCGCUGCCGCUGCCGCUGCCGCCGGCGCAGGCAGGGGAGCAGCGCUGCCCCCGUACGCACCCCCAUCCCCAGUCCGAGGCGGAGGCGGCCACCCAGCAGCAGCCUGCUGCCCAGCCCCACCCCCACCCCCAGCCCGAGCCCGAGCCCGAGCCCGAGCCCGAGCCCGAGCCCCAGCCCGAGCCGGCCCUGGGCCUGCCCGUGGGUGGAUACCCCGACAUCUACCCGCACACCCACCACCCCUACCGGCCCGCAGCCGCCCAGCCGCCCGCUGCUACUGCCGCUGCUACUGCCGGCGCCGCUGCCGCUGCUACUGCCGGCGUCGGCGGCUCCCAGCAGCCUCCUGGGCUGUUGCAGGGCCUGUUGGGCUCCCUGCGCCGGUCCCUGACCCUGCCACGCCAGCAGCAGCAGCAGCAGCACACGCAGCCCAGCACCGACACAGCGGAGGCCGCGCCGCUGCCGCCGCCGCCGCCAGCAGAGCACGAGCCGCCGCGACCACCGCCACCGCUGCAGCUGCAUCCGCAGCUGCCGCCGCUGCCCCUGCGGGAGCGCCUGCAGCUGCAGCAGCAGCAGUACUACCCACCGCCACUGCAGCAGCACCCGCAGGAAGCAGCAGCAGCACACAGCACCGCGGCUCCAGCUCCGCCUGCUGCUGCUGCUACUGCUACUGCUGCUGCUACUGCUGCUACUGCUGCCAAUGCGGCACCUGCCGCUACUGCUACUGCUGCUGGCGGCGACGGUGGCGGCGGCAGCGUGUGGGACCGGCCCUCGCCGUUUGCGAUGUUGGGUGCGGGCGACGUCGAGGCGGUGGAGGGCCGCAGCAGCAGCCGCAGCAGUGUGCGGGUGCACGUGCGGCUGCCCGCAGCAGCAGCAGCAGCAGGCAGUGCCGCGCCGCCGCCGCCGCCGCCGGACAGCAGCAGCGCGGCGGCGGCGGCGGUGGUGGCGGCGGACUCCGCCCCUGCAGCCGCCGCAGCCGCAGCCGCAGCCGCAGCCGCAGCCGCAACGGUGUCCAGCUUCAUCGCCCUCCCCGCCAGCCAGCAGCACCCGCACGCGCUCCCCAGCAAGGCGCCCCAGCGCGGCCCCUCCCGCCUCGCCACCGCCACCACCACCACCACCACCACCACCACCUCGCGCACCCCCCGCCCCAGCCCCACCACCACCAACAUCAAGCCGCGCCUCAGCCUGCGCACCAGCGGCAGCGGCGCCGCCGACGCCGGAGAGCGCCCCAGCCGCCCCAGCCGCCCCAGCCGCCGCAGCAGCACCAGCGGCGGCGUCGCCGGCCCCGGCACGCCGCUUGCGGAGCUGCGCUCGCGGCCCGGCGCCGCCCUGCGCUACGCCUUCUCCACCGUGGUCCUGGGCCACGCGCCCACCAGCAGCAGCAGCGCCGUGUUCAUGAACAAGAACAGCCUGGCGGGCCGCAGCAGCGGCGGCCGCAGCAGCAGCAGUGCGGGCGGCGGAGGCCGCAGCAGUGCGGGCGCGGGGCUGGGCGGUGGCGGUGGCGGGGGUCUGGCUCUGGUGCAUGUGGACACGGCGCUGGGGCUGGUGCCGCAGCUGGGCAUUGUCAUGAUGGUGGCCGUGUUUGUGCUGUACCCCGCACUGGCCCAGGCCUCGCUCAGUGUGUUUUCCUGCAUCAUCAUUGACGACGGCGCGGGGCCGCUGGCGGCCAACCAGCUGGCCACCUGGCCCUGGGGGUACUGGGUCCGCGACAUGGGCAUGCGCUGCUACACGGGGCUGCACGCGGCGCUGUACGUCCCCCUGGGCGCCGUGUGCGUGCUGGCCUUCUGCCUGGCACCGCCCGCCGUGGCCGCCGCGACCAUGUACCGCCUGCGAGCCCAGCUGCCCGCCUUCCACACCCAGGCCGUGUACGGCUUCCUGUACAGGCGGUACAGGCCCAACUGGUACUUCUGGGAGUCAGUGCUGCUGCUGCAGACCCUGACGCUGGUUGCGGUGGACGUGUUCAGCCGCAGUGUUCCCACCCUGUACAAGGCGCUGCUGCUGCUGGCGGCACUCAUCAUCAUCUCCUCAGUCAACAUGGUGUGCAACCCCAUUCGCAGCCGCCUGGUGGUGGUGUUGGAGUUCAUCAGCCAGAUGGUCCUGUGCAUGACCAUCACCCUGUCGCUGUUCUUCAUCGACACAGACAGCGAGAGCGGCUACCUCAGCAGCGUCAGCGCGGGUGUUGUGGGCGUCAUCAUCAUCUGCCUCAACCUGGGCCUGCUGGCGCUCUUCACCGCCCUCAUGGUGCGCCGCUCCUGGGCCGGACUGGCCGCGCGGCUGCGGAGCGCAGCGGACUUCGCGGCGGUCAUGCUGGGCGGAGGCGGAGGAGGAGGCGGAGGAGGGGGAGGCGGAGGCGGAGGAGGGGAAGACGAAGGAGGCGGCGAGGACGGCAGCAGCAGCAGCGUUACCAGCAGUUGCCAUGGGCGGGGAGGAGGAGGCGGAGGGGGAGGAGGGGGAGGGAGAGGGCACGUGGGGGCCUCUCAGCAGCCCGAGGCGGCGGGCGCCCCAAGGAAGCCAAACGGCGGCGGCGGCGGCGGCGGCGGGGUCGAGCAGCAGCAGCACUGCUAUCACUCGGCUGCGGCGCCGCCGGCCCCGCACCGCCUGAGCGGCUCGGGCGUGGACCCCAGCAGUGGCGGCGCCGCCGCGGCCAGUGGUGGUGGCGGCGGCGGCGGCCCCGCUGCCGGCAGCAGCAGCAGAAGCGGGCGGACCACAGCAGCAGGCGAGGGCGGCGGCGGGUCGCGGCGGGUGUUGCGGCCGUGCGUGCAGCGGUCUGGCGCGGCGGAGGUGGGGCUGGAGCUGGAGGUGGUGGAGGCGGGGGCAGCCGUGGGGGGCCAAGGCCGUGCGGGAGCACAGGACGCCGCGGCGGCAGGCGACGAUGCACGACAGCAGCUGCAGGCUGCUGGGUCGGGGGCGGCGGCAGCGGCGAGCGGUGCACUGCCGCAGCCGUGGCGCAGUCCCGCCCAGCGCGCCGUAUACAGCGACAGUGGGGCUGGGGGCAGCGGCAGCGUCUGGCGGGGCGCCUAGAGCUUGGAUAGCAGUAGCGGCAGUAGCAGUAGAAAGAGGUAGCAGUAGUAUUGCCAUCAGCAGUAGCAGUAACUGGAGCAGGCACGCGCACUCGUCACACAGCAAUCAAGCAGUCGUGAGCUUGUCAGUACAGAAGCGGUAGUGACCUGCCGCUGGCGCAUGUGGGCUGUGGUAAAGGAACGAGGGGCGGAAUUCAAUUCGACUGCAUCGCGGCUACUAGGCUGGCCACGCAGCAUGCAUGGCCCAAUGGCGGAUUCGCUACUGUUGCUUGGUUACUUUUAAAUAGCGCUGUACAGGUGUGACAUAUAUAUGUGUGUGUGACAUAAGUGUUCUUGCCUUGCGUUGCGCCGUUGCAUUGCCCGCCGCAUACACGCAUACUUGCCUUGCAAUGCAGACAUGCUAGCUACCUCUGUGCAUACACACCGCUCAAUAUCUCCGGCGUCCGAAACUGUGAUGCUUCUUGUUUGUGCGUUGUGUGCGUGUUGCCAACUCAAAUGCCCGUCGCACUCGUGUGUGGCACCUGAUCCCAAUCUUGGAAAAAACACGGAAGCAGUCGGUUGGUGGUGCGUGUGGGGAUGGUUGCUGUUUAUUGCAUAUUUGCGUGUACUGUCCUUCAUCUAUGAUCACACAAUUGGGGUAUACGGUAGUAUUGGUUUGACACAAUUGUGUGGGAUAGGUGUCGUGCCAGGUCGUGCUGUGACGGCUGGGCGGCCGGGGCGGGCCUUCGGUUGGGGGUGGCCUGUACGUGUGCGCGUGCGUGCGUGUACGUGUUUGUGCGGAGGGCGGGAAACCCGGACUGUGGAUUGUGUCGGGUCAUACGGUUGUGGAAACCGGGCUGUGGCUGGCAGCAACUAAGUUGUGGCUUGCGGGGGGGGGGGUCGAGUUUGGAGACCUGUGCCGACAAUUAAGGUUGGGCCGGGGGGCCGUGUCAGAUGCGGUCGGGACCCGCCCCCGCGCGGCAACUCAGGUGUGCUCCGACGGCAUUGAAGAUUGCGCGCGGGGUUGGCAUCUAUCCACAACCUGGGUUCCCGACUUCAGCUGGGACCUCCCCUCAGGAAGGAGCCCAGGAGAUUACAUACAGGCCGGUCGGGGGAUGGCGGGCCGGAUGGGCGAGGUACCUGCCUGCGCUGACACCCCCGCCGAACUCCGCGAAUUGGAACCUCCUCCUUGACCUCCUCCUAGGGCGGUGGUUGACAGUAUGUAAGAUCAUUCAAAA